CUCUGUUCUCACAUGAUAUACCCUAAACAGAAAACUGCAGGAGCUCUGGCCAAUCCUGAAGUGGUUCAGGUCAAACCCCCACAAUAAAUCAUUAAAAUUUGUACUUUGCCCUCGGCCCUCCCCUGGAGCACGUAAAGAUGCUGAACCCUGUAACGAUUUGCUCAUUCGCACGCCGUCUUCCGUCUGUAAUAGGAGCUCGCCGCGCCAUUUUCACAGCCACAGCCUACAACAUGCCGAUCAAGGUUGGAGACAAGUUGCCGGGGAUUGACCUGUACGAGAACACCCCUGGGAACAAGGUCAAUGUCAGCGAGCUGUUUGCAGGGAAGAAAGGCGUCCUGUUUGCUGUGCCGGGUGCAUUUACUCCAGGCUGCUCAAAGACACAUCUUCCCGGGUAUGUGAGCAAAGCUGGAGACCUGAAGGCCAAAGGUGUGCAGGUGAUCGCCUGUGUGUCGGUGAACGACCCGUUUGUGAUGGAGGCCUGGGGGAAAGACCAGAAGGCAGACGGGAAGGUCCGUAUGCUGGCUGACUCUGCAGCAGAAUUCACCAAGGCCAUUGGCUUAGAACUGGAUGCAACUGGGCUGCUUGGAAACAUCAGAUCCAAGAGGUACUCCAUGUUGGUGGAAGACGGUGAGGUGAAACAGCUGAACGUGGAACCAGAUGGAACCGGUCUCUCCUGCAGUCUGGCUGAAGGGCUGAAGCUGUAGUUUCCGAGAAGGCCUUCAUUCAGCAGUUUCCCAUCCCCAGAAUGCAAUGCCAAAAAGGGGUGUAAACCUCAUUUGCAUAUAUGACAGGAAGGCAUCGGAAUGAUCCAGCUGGUUUUUCAGUGUGUUUUGAGGUGUUGGGACAUUUUAUGCUCAAGGUUAAUCAAAUUACUAUGGGUUGAAUCUGACAACAAAUAGCAACCUGUUUAACAUCACCAGGAUCAUUCCGAUGCCUUCCUGUCCUAUGCAAAUGUAUUUAGACCCCUGUUUUUGCAUUGCAUUCUGGGGAUGGGAAACUGGUGAAUGCUUCACACUUUGGCUUUGUUCCAAAGAGUGUGUAUUCAAGCCAGAGUACACAGCAGUUAAUGAUUAAGCCAUGGCUUUCUUUCUCAUGUUUGUUGCCAGUGCACUUUGUCUACAAUGUCUACAAGAUGGUAAAGAUUUGGAAAUUUCCUAGAAUCAAGAAUCGCUCAAGCCCAAUGUGCACUUUGACCUAGUGACUGUUUUUAGCCCAGAACAUUCCUUUGUUUUCUUAUACUGAAUCAUGAUAUGCAUUAAGAACAUCAUAAUCAGUAGGUGCCUUACAUGUAGUUCUUUUUAAUUACACAUGGCCUGUAGGAGGGUCUGCAAGGGAAGGUCCCGACAAAGCUCUACUCUGAAUUCAGAAACCUCUCGAUUACGCUUUACGAUAAAUUCCCAGUGCCUACAAGGCAUUACGUAGAAUUAAAACGCCGAAUACGCUCUACGCAAAAAUAUUAGAGCGGUCCGUCUACGUUCUACGUAGAAUUAAAACGGCCGAUUACGUUCUACGGAAAAGGCCUUGCGGGCCCCCCCUGUAGGUGCCAAGAGACAGAGAUGGUCAUUUUACUUCAUGUUCCAUGUUGCCACCUUGUAGCAGCAAAAAGAAUUAUUAGAAGUGUGAAAAAGAGAUGUCGAUGAAGCAUUUCAUGCACUACAGAGUACAAUCUUCUACAUAUGUUUUUUUUUCAGUGUUGUGUAAUUUAUGAAUUUCAGCAAAAUUAUUCCGGAUUGCCUAGUGCUAAUCUAUUGUGUGGAAUGUAUGGUGCUUAAAAAAAGAAUUAUGUGAUAUUUGCUGGCAGUGAAAAUAAAUGAGGUUGAAACAAAAA